CGACAAGACGCGCAUUUGUUUGACUUUCAACGGCGGACUCGAAAAAGCGCAAAUUGAAAUGUGUUGCCGCAAGAUUUGCGCACCAGUCUUGUAAGGGCCAAUUGCGGCUAUAAUUUCAUCGCCUUUGCUGACAACCCACUUGGCUGGCAGCACGCGCAUGCUCGGCAAUCGCGAUUUAUCGGCCGACAGGACGAAGGACGAGACGUAGAGAAAUGCUAGGCAUCGCGAAUUGGAGAAGCGGCAGGAACUCGACUUUCAGUGCUCAGUGCUCAGCGGAAUUUGGUGGCAUUUCAACGUGUUUUCGGGCGCACCAAUCGCCAAAAUCAGUAUUUAUUGUUGCACGCCACCAUCCGUGUGUGUGUGUGUGUCGCGUAACGGCGGGUGUGUGAGUGUGUGUGGCGAGGGGCGGCGAAAAGACCUUCCCACAGGAAGCGCAGUCAGGUGGUCAUUGUCCGCUCCAGCGCCCCGGCUGCCCAUGCUCCCAUUUCCCAUCUUUCCCAUGUUCCCACUUGCCCAUUUUCCGCACUAUCCGGCUGCUUUGCCGCCCCCCUUUUUGGGGGUGAUUCAUUGGGCGCACGAAGUCAGAAUUCCAUCAGCGACGACUCCCUUCCGCCUGGGAAUGUGGAAACGCGGUCGCCAUUAAAUAUUGAUUCGAUCCUGGACUGCAGCACGCUACGUCAGGAAAACAUAUACAAAAACGAUUAAAGAGCAAUUUGCAAAGCGGCCAAUAAAAUGCAAAGUAAAUAAAUGGGCCGCAACUCAAUUUGACCAGCAAUUUUAACAGUUUAUCGUUCGGCGAAAGUACACACGCAUAAGCCACACUCGAAAUUAAAUCAAAGUCAAUAUUGCAACUGAAACAGAAACUGGAACAGUGAAGAUGAAAACGCGCCUCGUCUCGCUGACUUUCCGCGGCAGUGCAUCCGUGGAUCCGCGCUAUUCCGCCUCCAUGCUGCCGUGGACCAUUAACGAUAUCAGGUCCACGGAGAGCUACACGAAGUUGUCUGUGGGCAUCGAGAACGGCAUCCUGGAGUCGUACAACUCGGACUUUGAGCUGCAGUUCAGUCAUCCCCUGAAGCAUAUCGUCGGCAUGUGCCGCAUCAUCCACAAGCCGCAGGCGAAGAGCAUCGGCAACGGCUUUCUGCAGCUGAAGUCUAGUGCUGGCCAGACGUCGUCCUCCUCGGCAGUCGCAUCCUCGAUGGGCGGCGCAGCCAGCAGCUCGCUGACCGGAAACGGACUGCGCCACACACUGACCGCAUCCACGUCGUACGGCUCCCUCUCCUCCAGCGCGGCGUGUGCUUAUCAGCUGCAGUUGCAGCAGUCGGCGGAGGCAUCCGCGGAGCAGCCGCAAAACUUCAUGGAGUUCCAGGGACCCAUCACCGGGCUGGUCUACUUGCUGAAGGAUCCCAAGGAUCCGCUGCUGCACAUCUAUCUGUUCGAGUGCGAGGCCGUCGAGGAGAUGGCCGAAUUGAUGCACCAGAUGCGAGAUCCCGCCCACACGCUGGGAGGUUCCGUGGGCAGCAUUCCGCAGACGCUGAUCGGUGGCGGAGGAGGCAGCCACGGAAACUCCAAUGGAGCGCUGAACGGAAUCCACGCCACGCCCGCCACGAAUCUGAAGAUGAGCGAGGCAAUGCGCAACGCUCAGCACGACACCAGCCCCAAUCCAGUCAGCUCUAAGAUGAAGGCCUCCAAAUCGUACACCCAUGGCCUGAGUAGCUCCUCGGGCACGGUGAACAUUCCCACGUCCACGUCGGCCCAGAGCAAUCUCUCCCUGCUAGCGGACAUCUCGCCGAACCACACGCACUUCUUCGAGGUGAUGUACGUGGGCAAGAUCCGGGUGUCCCAGAAGCGGGUGCCCAACACCUUCAUAGACGACGCCCUGCCCAAGUUCAAGGCGUACGAUGCCCAGCGCCUGAGACUUCUCCAGAAUCGCAAGAUGUCUCUCAGCAGUGAGGGUGGUGUGGGCAUUGAAGCGAAACCCAGCAGCUCCCUCAAGAGUCACGAUUUGAAGGAGGAGGACGAGGAGGAGCAGGAGCAGCACAAGGGGCAUGACGAUUCACAGGAUUCACAGGCCAAGCCCUUGGUGCAACUACAGCUGACGGGCGCCGAGGAAGGAGCUGCCCCGCGACCCCUGGAGGACAACAAGGAGAACAAGUCCCCGGAGAAACGGCCCCUGCUGCGAGGUCAGAGUCAAAUCGAACUGGGCCAUAAGGAGCACAUACCCAAGCAGAGGGAUCGCUCCGCCUCGCAAGGCUGCAUUCCGCCGUAUGUGGAGCAGAACCGGACGAUGGUGUUCCUAGUGGGACGAUGCGAUCUCCGACUCAUCUCGCCCGAUCGCAAGCAGGUUCUGCUCUACAAGGACUUCAAGGACGUGGCCAGCUGUGUGCACGGCCAGAAGUCGCUGGAUCACUUUGGUAUUAUCUGCAGGGAGCUGAACAACGAUGGCUACAUUGGCUACGUGUUCAAGUGCCAGUCGGAACAUGUGUGUGAUGACAUAGUGGCCGCCAUUGCUCAGGCCUUCGACACCUGCGCGGAGCAGAAGAAGAAGCAGGAUACCCAAAUCUUUAGCUGCGAGCACUGCCCGAUGCUUUGGUACCACAAACUGUGCACUGACGUCGAGGGCCUUUCCGAGAAGAAGACCCAGGCCCUGAUCCUGCGCCGAAUCGAGACUCUAAGCGACGACGAGCAGGAGAUUGUCUGGGCCAAGUUCUGUGGCUCUGAGAAGACCAACUCUCCGGUGGCCGAGCAAAAUCAGUUUCUGAUGAUGCUGCUCAGGGCGCACUGCGAGUCCAGACAGCAGAGACAUGUCCACGACACCGCAGAGAACCGGUCGGAGUUCCUUAACCAAUAUCUCGGUGGCAGCACCAUAUUCAUGAAGGCCAAGCGCUCGCUUACCAACUCCUUUGAUAAUCUCCUCAAGCGUAAGCCCUCCAAGGAUGACAUUGCUGUGCCGUCGCACAACUUGAGGGACAUCAGGGAGGGAUCUGCCGAGCCGCUGGGCACCCAGUCACCUCCCGAGGGCUUCCGAUCGCGAUCGAACACGGUGGGAGCUAGUCCCAGCAGCAAGCCCACAGCUGAGCAACUGAAGAGUCCCAUGAUGGAUAUAUUCAUCAAGGUGGGCAAUAGUCCCAAAGAGGCGGAAACACAUCAGGGCUCCUGGCGUCAGGCCAUACUUAAUAGUGUAGUGACACCAUCCAAGGGUCUGGAUAGUGAGGUUCCCACCGAGUUUCUGUCGCCCAUGCGAAAGCCUGCCAAGCGUGGUAAGCGGGAUGCGGCGGAGCUGAGGGAACUGUGGCGCACUGCCAUUAGGCAGACUAUAAUGCUGAACCGCAUGGAGACGGAGAACGCCAUGUUGCAGGCACGGCAGAAUGAGAACGAGCUAAAGCGCAUUAAACUGGACUACGAGGAGAUUGUACCCUGCGACAAGCAGCUAAUCGAGCGAUGGGAGCAGAUCAUUGAGCGCAACUCCACACAGAUAGGCAACAAGAAGGAUCCCAAAGUCCUGGGCCACGCCAUUCGCACCGGAGUACCGCGAUCGAAGCGCGGCGAUGUCUGGACCUUCCUGGCUGAGCAGCAUUCCAUGAACACGGCACCGGUGGACACAAAGCGAUUCCCCAACUUCAAUACACCGUAUCACAUGCUGCUGAAACACCUUACUGAGCAUCAGCAUGCGAUUUUCAUUGAUCUGGGCAGGACUUUUCCUAAUCACCAGUUCUACAAGGAUCCGCUUGGUCUCGGCCAGUUGUCGCUGUUUAACCUGCUGAAGGCGUACUCCAUUCUAGAUCCGGAAUUAGGGUACUGCCAGGGUCUGGGCUUCAUCUGCGGCGUCUUACUCCUGCAUUGCGAUGAAGCCAAUUCAUUUCAACUGCUGAAGCACCUAAUGUUUCGCCGUAAUAUGCGCACGAAAUACCUGCCGGACAUGAAAAAGUUUCAACUGCAGCUGUAUCAGCUCUCCCGAUUGGUCAAGGAUCAUCUGCCAGAUCUCUACGUGUGGCUCGAUCAGAACGAUGUCUCGCCCACUUUGUAUGCGGCUCCAUGGAUCCUCACCGUCUUUAGCUCACAGUUUCCGCUGGGAUUCGUGGCCCGCGUCUUUGAUCUGCUCUUCCUGGAAUCCUCCGAUGUAAUCUUUAAGUUUGCCAUUGCCUUGCUCUCCGUGCACAAGCAGCAACUACUGGCCAAGGAUAACUUCGAAGAGAUUAUGGACUAUCUGAAGACCGUGGUGCCAAAGAUGGAGCACACGUGCAUGGAGCAAAUUAUGAAGCUGGUCUUUAGCAUGGACAUUGGAAAGCAGCUUGCCGAAUACAAAGUGGAGUACAAUGUGCUUCAGGAGGAGAUUACCACCACUAACCAUCACCUAGAAAUGCUUAACCGGGAGAAGACGCAGAACCAGCAUCUAGAGCAGCAGUUGCAGUUUGCUCAAUCUUCGAUUGCUCAGCUGGAGACGACUCGUUCCUCACAGCAAGCUCAGAUAACCACGCUGCAAUCGCAGGUCCAGUCUCUGGAGCUAACCAUCCAAACGCUGGGUCGCUACGUUGGCCAACUGGUGGAACACAAUCCCGACCUGGAACUACCAAACGAGGUGCGGCGCAUGCUCCAGCAGCUGGACGACUUGGACCGUCAGCGUCGGAAGCCCAUAUUCACCGAACGCAAGAUCGGCAAAUCCGUUUCCGUCAACAGUCACUUGGGGUUUCCUCUCAAGGUGCUCGAAGAGCUGACCGAAAGAGACGAACUUGGUUCGCCACAAAAGCAGAAGAAGGAGAAGACACCUUUUUUUGAGCAGUUGCGUCAGCAGCAGCAACAGCAUCGCCUCAACGGCGGCGGCCAGUCAUCUAAUGUCGGUGAGUCAGGGUCCCCGACUCCACCUUCGCGACCCAAUCGCCUGCUGGACAAUGCCAGCGCUCGGACCGUCAUGCAAGUGAAACUGGAUGAGCUGAAGCUGCCGGAGCACGUGGAUAAGUUCGUAGCAAAUAUCAAAAGUCCCUUGGAGGUAGAUUCUGGCGUAGGCACGCCCCUCAGCCCGCCCAGCACAGCGAGUAACAGCAGCGGAGGAAGCAUAUUCAGCCGCAUGGGCUAUCGGACAACGCCCCCAGCCCUUUCCCCGCUGGCCCAGCGACAAAGUUAUGGCGUGGCAAUUACCACAGCACCAUGCCCGCAGCACAUGGAGGAGGUGGCGCCCGCAACGACAAUGGCUGUAAUGCCUCAGGAGGAUGUCGAGGAGCCGCAGCCCAUGCAUCCGCUCAGCAUGGUCGGGGGCGAUGUUAACGUACGCUUCAAGGGCACCACGCAGCUCAAAUCCAUACGUCCGGUGCACCACAUGCGUGCGAUCCCGCUGGGUGGAGUACAGCAUCCAUCCAGCACGGAGCCCGCGGUGCGAGUGGCUCCCGUGCCCGUGGAGCUGGCCCCACCGGCGGCCACUGCGACCACCGGUCGCAGCUAACGGUUCUGAUUUAUUGGGAAACUGCUGCGCGGAUUUUACCGCGAUUAAGGCCCGCCGGCAGAACGGGCAGCUUUCAAACCCAACGCUACUCAUAACCUCUUCUGUUGCGGCUUAGAUACGAUUAACCCAACCUAUAAGAUACAAACUUAAACUUCGUUUUCAAAUUGUGUGUAUGUGUCGAUGUGCGCACAAAAUGUUGCCAUAGAUAUUGCACCGGAAGUUAUGCAAUCGUUAUAAACUGAUGACCCAAAAAAUUAGACGAGUAUAGAUGCUUAUAGGAAUAAAUUGGAUACUGCUUUUUCAAGGUUUUAUAAAUUUGGCUACCGCAUCAAAAUCGAAGCUUAUAACCUUAGGCAAAAUCAAAAGGCAUUACUGAGUCUGUAGUUUGUUUAAGUUUUCUCCUACUUUUAACAUAACAUUUAACGAAUUUACUUAGAAGUUUACUUGUUGAUUUUCGUGUUUCUUGAGUUCUAGACCAUUAGUUCUUAAUGUUAUUUUUAGUUUACCUUUAUUUGUACAUUUCACGCAGGGUUUCACUUUGCAAUGUAAACUAAAAGCAAAUACCUAAUGUAUAAAAUGAUGAUACUUGCUUGUACAUUGUUCUUGACUAGGAUACAACUUUCUGAAAUCUCUUUUGUUAUGCUUAUGAUUAUGGUAUUUGGAUUGUAUUGAUUGUUUACAUAUACAUAUAUGCGAUUAUGAACUAUAAAAAAUACAAAAAUACAAGCAAAGGAAAAAAUAAUUGAUUUUGUGUAAAGUACUUAAAUAUUGCUUAGCGGGACGGUUUUUAUCAGGCGUCCUGAGUUUGUGUAGCUGAUUUCUGUUAGCAUAUGAGUAAAACCAACAAUUACAUGAAAACAAAAUAAAGUCAUAAAUUAUUU